AUGCAUCGGUGUUUUCGGACUUUUUGCCAGUAUUCUUGGAACUAUUCAAUACUGGAAGCACUGCGGAAGAAAAACCAUGAAGAAAAUACGGUUAGACCAGAAACCAUACAAAUCCCAGAUGAGAUAUCUUCACAAUCGAAUCUGAACGAUUACCAGCCCAUGGUCAAAUAUUAUAAAAUCUCAGAGACACGGGAAAUUCAGGGUUCGCCUCCCCCAUAUACCCUUUCAAUACAAAAACCAGCCGCAGCGAAACUGAAGCCCAACCUGUGGUCCCUUCAUGUGUUACCAAUCCACAAUACAUUAGUUCUCAUCAUCGAUCUCGACGAAAGACGUAAGCAAAGUAAAAACAAGGGAUUUCAGGCUAUCGGAACUUGA